AUGUCUGGAAAAAUAAGCGAAGAAGCUAUGCAGGAACAGGCCGAAAGGGCGGAAUAUGUGAAAAAUAUUGGGAUUGAGUACAGAUUUGGAUGCUACGAAGAAAAAAGGCCAGAAUCCUGUCAAUUGCUCGGCGAAUACAUGGAAGCUCUGCAACAAAAUUUUCAAGCGGCCGUAGCGAUUUUCAAGAAGAACUGUGACGAGAACAGUUAUCCAAAGUCAUGUUUCAAGUACGGAAUGUACAUGUUAGCCGGAAAAGUUGGAGACGAUGCAAGUCUGUCAAAAAUGAUUCGACCGAUGAAAAUCGCAUGUGAUGCGAAUAUUCCACAAGGAUGUCGAUAUUUAUCACUUGUUCAUUGGAAUGGAGAAAAAGAUCGGAAAGCUGAUUCAGAAAAGGCUGAACGAUACAUGAGAAGAGCCUGUGAACUGGAAGAUGGUGAAGCUUGCUGGUUGUUGAGUACCUGGUAUAUGGGAAAUAAGGAGAAAUUUAAGACGAAUGCUGCAGGAGAGGCUAAGGAGCUGGACCGUGCCGAACUUGGCAGUCUGUCACGUGAUAUGGACAAAAGCCUCCAGUUUGCGAUUCGAGCGUGUGAAAUGGAUAUUCCACAGAGUUGUGCAAAUGUGUCGAGAAUGUUUAAACUUGGUGAUGGAGUGCCUAAGGAUUUGGAUCAAGCGAAAAAGUAUGCAGAUCGAGCCAAGGAAAUUAUGGAAACUUUAAGAUCGAAUGAUACGAAUGCAGGAUUCACUGGUUAAUAAUUGCUUUUUGUUAGCUCAUUGUAGUUUUUAAUAGUUGUUUCAAAUAUACAUUGUUUAGAUGAUGUGUUGAAUUGUUUAUUCAUUGAAUUCCUUUACCAGU